UUUAAAGUGCAAAUUAGUCAAAUUCUACCUAGCGGACAUAAUGCUGAUAACAUUUUAUGUCCCAUUUAUUGUUUUAUCUAGCGUUUCUAUCUUUUUCUUAUUGCUCUCUUUAUUGGUCAAAAUAUGGGGAUAUAUUAAAAGAAAAAAAGCUGAAGACUUAAACUCUCAUGGCAAAUCCAGAUUCUUUCUUCCCUUCAUCUAUACAGCAACAAUUUUUUUCGCGCUAUCGAUACUUUCCUUAUCAAUAAUAGAUAUUAUUCCUUGGUAUUUGUCGAGCUUCACCAUUGGUGUAUUACUAUUCUUUUUGAUGCUCAGUAUAGGGAAUUUCAAAAAUACAUUAUUCACACACAAAGAAGAAGAAACGGACACAGACAGCCUCAUUAAAAUACCACGUUUAUCUGAAUAUUUAAAACUCGCCGCCGCUACGCUUGUGAUAUUUGGUACUGUGUUUUUGAUAGGUUGGAUAUUUUCAGAUAUGUGUAUUUGUGUGGUGCCUACGCAAGUAAAUUUCGCUAUCAAUCGAGUCUCUCAAAACGAUCCUUGUAAGUAUACUAUUUGUUACGUCUAUCUUACACUUCCAGAAAAUCCCUCCAACUCUAUGAUUGUUAUGUUUCAUAGCGGAGUCAAUCUCAAAAAGCCUUCUGUCAAACUUUCCUUGAAAACAAUGAACACAUCAAUAGAUUCAUCCUUAUCCAUCGAUGUCAAGGAUGCUCAAACUUACCAAGCAAACAAAACAAGGCUCGCCAGUUUGUCUAUUGAAAGAUAUGUUUAUGUUGCCUACCUGAGCAAUUUAAAUCCAGAGACGGACUACUAUUUCAUUGCUUACGAUGAAGAAGCCAAGUUAUAUACUAAAGAAUAUAAAUUCCGAACUCUUCCUCUUUCUGAAUCGUUGGCAAGCAAUAAGACUAUUCGUUUUUCAGUUGGUGGAGAUGCAGGACUAACUUCCCGUAGUAAGAGAGUGCUUCGCAAUGCUGUGUUGACAGAACCCUACUUUAUGAUGAUAGGUGGUGAUAUCACAUAUGCUAAUGGAAUGAAAUAUUGCUAUGAACGAGUAGACAAAUGGUUUUUCAUGUGGCAAAAAAUUUCAAUUACUCCAAACAAUUACAUGGUACCACUCUUGACUUCUAUCGGAAACCACGAAGCCGGCAUCAGCUUUCACAGCGAUAUAGCAUACACAGCCUUUUAUAAGUAUUACUUUGUGCACAGCGUUCCUACGGAAAACCUGAUUGACCUCCCAACUUAUCAUGUUCAUAAUAUCAGUGGAUCUGUUAUCUUGGUACUAGACUCGUGCGUUCUUGUACCUUCUGACCAUAUUCAGCCCGAUUUUAUCAAUAGGCAUUUAUCGAAAAACUAUCUCUGGAAAAUGGCUCUUUACCAUGCACCCUUAUACCCUUCAGUGCGCUCUUUCACAAAUUCUAUUUCCAAAUCUCUACGUCAAGAUUGGGAACCUCUUUUCGAUAGACAUCAUCUUCAUGUUGGCUUUGAAAACCAUGAUCACGCUUACAAGCGAACGCAUUUCAUGAAAGCUGGUGAACAAGUGACUCCUCAAAAUGGUACUCUAUAUUUGGGGGAUGGCUCGAUUGGUGUAGAUCCUCGAACACCUAUCACUUCACGGGAUUAUCUUGUUGUCAGCAAGAAGACCAACUUCCAUUUUGAUGUCAGUAUGAGCAAUGAAUCUAUGAUAAUAAAUGCUAUUGAUAUAAAUAACGUCACCAUCGACUCUAUAUUGCUCAAUCAAGACAGCUCUUAGUUCAAAUAAUGAUUUGUUCUGCCAAUGCUUCUAAAUGUGCUUUAUGCUCAUUUUCUACUGUAGACGCAUAUUCAAUCAAAUUCACCUUUAUUUGUUCCCAGGAAAUUCCUUGGUCUGUCAAUAACUUCGAUGCUACCAAUCGAAUUUGAAUGUCUUGUGAAAUAAAAGCCAACAGGUAGUCUAUCAAAUGUAAUAUAAAUAACCCCGCUUCUAAUCUGUCUUCUCUAAUUUGUUCUUCAUCUUCUUCAUCUCUAUAUUUGUUUCCGUUGUCCUCCUGUGCCAUCCUCAUGUCUAUUAUAUUCAUCUUAUCAGCAUACUUUUUGUGCAACUCUAACAAUCGCUCUAACUUUUCGAAAUUUUUUUCUUUAAAUUUCAUUAUCAAUCGAACCAAGUAAGCCUCAUACUGCUGGUCGCCCUGCAAGCAAGAAAACAUAUUCGCCAAGCAUGCUACUAAAUGCUCCUCACUUUGCUGCGUCAGCUUGCUUUUCAUUCCUGUUUUGGCCAGGACAGUAAAGGUUGUUCCAACUCCUCCGACGUCCAUCCAUUUAAUCACUGAGUCUACG